AACUGCCUUUAAAUCUAAAGAAGAAGAAGAAGGCACCGCGGCGGUUCCGGAUUCGAAACUCGAGAUCGGCGAGAACUACAUUCGGUAUUUGACAGCGUUAAGUUAAGACGAAGAAGAAACUUAUUUUUUCUCUACAUAAAGCCUACAAUGACAGAUAACAAACCGUGUAAGGUGUGCAAUUUCACACGACAGAAAUCAUACGGGUUGGUAGUUCCCUCCUUAGAUGAGCUGAAGACGAAAGGAUGUGAGUUUCUUGGGUUCAGCCCAGCUGAGCCGGUGACAGUCGUCCUAGAGGAUGAUGGGACAAUAGUACAGGAUCAGGCCUACUUCUUGUGUUUACCUUUAAACACAAAGUUCAUGCUGUUGCAUCAGAAAGAGGCAUGGUCUCCAGGUCGCAGGAUGGAUGGUGGUACGGCCUGGAUGGCCCGGGAUUCUAUGUUGCUGGAGUUCGAUACUGUGGAGGUCGAUACUGUGGACGCCUCCAGUGCUGCAGCGCCCUGGUGGGACCUGGCUCAGCAGCUGAAGCAGGACCUUGCCAGCAUCAUCCUCAUGUCUGAGGCACACUUACAGACCUUAGUGGAUGCCCCAAGUCCCGAGCUCGCCUCUGCUCUGGGCUUCCAGGAGAAGAAGGCGGAGGACCUGCAGGAGACACUGCAGAGGGUUUUGGACCGGCGAGAGGAGGAGAGGCAGUCCAAGGAGCUGCUCCAACUCUACCUCAAAGCUGUGGCGAAAGAGGACGGACAGCAGGAAGAGCCGAGCCAGGAAGGGGCUGUAGACGUGGAGGUGGAUGGGAUGGAUGUGGACUCUUCAUCCGGAUUCAUAUCCAGGACACUGAUGGUCCUGAAAGGCAAAACAAGCCCAGAGACCAGACUCUCCACUGAGGAUCUGCAGAUGGUGGUGAGCAGAGGGGUGGAAGCUAUGGAGCAGGUGCUGGGCUGGGACAGAACGAGGACGUCUGCGCUGCUAAUGGCCUGCGAAGCCGAGCUGACCGGACGUCUCCAGCAGGUUCAGGAAGUGCAGUCGAUCAGGAGCAACGCACAGCGGGACAUCAGUGAGCAGAGAGCGGAGGACGGUGAAAAAACGGCAGCCCGAGGCAGCAACUAGCCCAAAGCUUCACCUGAGCAGAGACUGAUAAGAAUUCACACUACCUGCCUCAGGUUCAGAAGAAUGGGUUCUAACCUGUGCUACUUAUAAUAUCCAUAAUGCUGGAAUGUUAAUGAUGUUGACAUUUGCUUUAUUUUGUAAAACUUGCAAACCACUUGACUGCUUUUGCCUCAAGCAGGAAGCAGCAGGGUCAUUUGCACAAGUCACAUUCAUCAAAGUCCUGGAUAAUAACUGGCAUCAACUUUCUAUUGUGACGAUCACAGAUGCACAUAUCCAUGUGAAACUUAAAGCAAAACAUUUAGCAUCUAGCCUAGCUUAGCAUAAAGACUGGAAAAGGAGACACAGCUAGUCUGACUAGUCAUACGGAAACACAUUGUGCCUACCAGCACGUGGUCAGCUCGGUAAUAAACGUCUUUUAACUUCCUGUAGUCUCUGCUGGUACGAGAUGUAACCUGUUAGCUAAUGAGAUGUUGAGGUGCGAGUAGGCAGAUUGUGUUACCUUCAGUUGUUUCCCCCUGUUCCCAGUCUUUAUGCUAAACUAUGCUUACGCCAGCUUCAUACUCAGUGGAUAGGUAUGAGACUGUUAAUCUUCUCAUAAAACUCUUGGCAAGGAAGCAAAUAAGCGUGUCUCCCAAAAUGUGGAAUCCUUGCUUUAUGGUUUUAUAUAAAUCAGCUUCCCAGAUUUAUUGUUUACAUUCUGCUCCCCCUCAACCACUGCCAAUUCAGUCACGGCGUGCACUGCAUUUUAUUUUAGAUGGCUAAAUAUAGGUAAGAAAUGUACUUUGAUCUAGCUUAGAGAAGACCUGGGGAUCUCCAGCAUAUGGCGAGUGACAGAAUAUAUCAUUUUGUGUUUAUUCGCUAUCACUGAAAUGACAUUUCUUUUUGGGAAGUUUAGAGGAGCAGUGUGUUCUUAUUUCAGUCGGCUGGCAGCCAGGCCGAUUCUCUGCCUCCAUAACAUGCUCGUGCUUGUUAUCAAGUUCUGCAAAAAGAGACAAAUGUUACGCUCCCACUACAGUUCCAUAGCUUUAAAGACCACUAUGUUAGACUUUGAGAAUCAAACAAUUUGUAGCUUGUGGUGAAAACAUUUAGUGAACAGGUUUCCCUGUAGGGAACAUUCAAUUGUUUUGUAAAUAUACACUUUCCUAAACGCAGCCUUUAUUUCCAUUUUGAUUGACUGAUGUGUGACCAUUUAGAGAAUCUCUACAUAGAACAAUGACCGGUAGAAGAUAACAAAAGACGACGAGCAUGGGAACUCUCUACCCGAGGUGCAACGCCACUAACGAGGGGAGUGCUGCGGUAGAGUGCAGGCAGAAUACCUGGAGGCAGGAAACCAAAUAUAUUUAUAGAAAAGCUCAAUUUGAAUGGGGUACGCAGAAUAAUUUAUCAUUCCAAUAAUAAAGAGUACGACAGGAUAAGAUAUACGUAUAAUACUUCAUACAUGCUUCAUCUUUGAGUUGCAUAGAACCAAUGUUUCUGUUACAUGGUGUGUGCAGGUCUUCAUGACUCAUAGGCCAUGUAGAGGAUGACCUUCGUCAUGCCUGUCAUCUCAUCAUUGCUUUCUCGAACCAUGAACACAUGAUGGUGGAUGAAGUUGCGUUGGGAUCAUCGUUCUGUGUCGUGUGAUUUAAGAUGUCACCGGCUUGUACUUUAGUAUUAGCAUUCAUCAAGAUCUCUUAUUUAGACCAAAAGUAAGUCGUUAGAAUGGUCAUGUGUCACGUCCCCCAACACGUUGACACUUUGUAUUUAAUUUAAACAUGCAAAUGUUACAAAGGAAGUUGUAUAUGAGUGUACAUUAUGUGAUUUAAGGUGCCUUUUUAUAAACAUGUUGAAUGGUGGUAGGAGGGAUUUUCUAAAAAUAAAGCAGCCCUCACAUUUUUGACAAUG